CACACAAGCAGACAUCAUUGAGUGGACUGCAGCGGUAUGGACGCUGGUUUCUCUUCUUUGCGCUCGGAGGCAGCAGGAGCCAUGAGGACCGUGUUGGUGUCUGCUGAGAGCUUACAGCUUACUCUGAAGCCUGAGCUCAGUCAGGAAGAACGGUCACUCACACACACCAGCAGUAGCCCCAAGGAGUCACACAAAGCCGGGAAUGAAGACCUUAAAGAGAUGCUGGAGAGCAACAAGGAGUCGCUUAAACUGGAGGCCAUGAAGAGGGUCGUAGGGCUCAUUGCCAAGGGCAAAAGUGCCUCCGAGUUGUUUCCCGCUGUGGUGAAGAACGUCGCGAGUAAAAACAUUGAGCUUAAGAAGCUCGUGUACGUGUACCUGGUGAGGUAUGCAGAGGAGCAGCAGGACUUGGCAUUGCUGUCUAUUAGUACAUUCCAGCGGGCCCUUAAGGACCCAAACCAAUUCAUCCGGGCUAGUGCCCUGCGGGUUUUGUCCAGUAUCCGUGUCCCCAUUAUUGUCCCCAUUAUGAUGUUGGCCAUCAAGGAGGCUGCAGCUGACCUGUCCCCAUAUGUGAGGAAGACUUCAGCACAUGCUAUCCAAAAGCUGUACAGCCUGGACCCAGAUCAGAAGGAGCAGCUGAUCGAAGUGAUCGAGAAACUAUUGAAAGACAAAAGCACGCUGGUCGCUGGGAGUGUGGUCAUGGCCUUCGAGGAAGUGUGCCCAGAUCGCAUCGAUCUGAUCCACAAGAACUACAGAAAACUCUGUAACCUGCUGGUGGAUGUGGAGGAGUGGGGCCAGGUGGUCAUCAUCUCUAUGCUGACCCGCUAUGCCAGGACACAGUUCACCACUCCCUGGAAGGAGGGUGCUGAGUUUGAUGAGAAUAAAGCCUUCUAUGACUCCGACUCUGAGGAGAAAAAAGACCAGACAGAACCAAAGCCUUACGUCAUGGAUCCGGAUCACAGACUGCUGCUCAGGAACACCAAACCUCUGCUGCAGAGCAGGAACACUGCUGUAGUGAUGGCUGUUGCUCAGCUUUACUGGCAUCUGGCUCCUAAACAUGAAGUCAAUAUCGUCACCAAAUCAUUGGUCCGGCUACUGAGAAGCCACAGAGAAGUGCAGUACAUUGUGCUUCAGAACAUCGCCACUAUGUCCAUUCAGAGGAAGGGGAUCUUUGAGGCCUUCAUUAAGAGUUUCUACGUGAGAUCUACAGAUGCCACACAUAUCAAAACACUAAAGUUGGAGAUCCUGACCAAUCUAGCUAAUGAAGCUAACAUCUCCACAAUUCUGAGAGAAUUUCAGACCUACGUGAAGAGUCAGGACAAGGCGUUUGCAGCAGCUACCAUUCAGGCCAUCGGCAGGUGUGCCACCAACAUCUCCGAGGUGGCGGACACUUGUCUCAACGGUCUGGUGCUACUGCUUUCUAACCGAGACGAGACGGUGGUGGCCGAGAGCAUUGUGGUCAUCAAGAAGCUGCUUCAGACUCAGCCCACUCAGCACAGUGACAUCAUCAGACACAUGGCCAAGCUCUUUGAUAACGUCACUGUUCCCAUGGCCCGAGCCAGCAUCCUGUGGCUGAUGGGAGAGUACUGUGAGAAGGUGCCAAAGAUUGCACCUGAUGUACUCCGCAAGAUGGCAAAGACUUUCACAGCAGAGGAGGACAUUGUGAAGCUGCAGACUGUUAAUCUAGCUGCCAAACUCUACCUGACCAACUCUAAGCAGACCAAGCUGCUGACCCAGUACAUCCUGAACCUCGGCAAAUAUGACCAGAACUACGACAUCAGAGACCGAACGCGGUUCAUACGACAGCUGAUAGUGCCCAACGAGAAGAGCGGCGCCCUCAGCAAGUACGCUCGACGCAUUUUACUGGCCCCCAAACCAGCUCCAGUGCUCGAGUCUGCCUUCAAAGAUCGUGACCGUUUCCAGCUGGGCACCCUCUCCCACAGUCUUAACCUUAAAGCCACUGGAUACCAGGAGCUCCCAGACUGGCCAGCUGUUGCUCCUGACCAGUCUGUGAGGAAUGUGGAGAUUGCUGAACCACUGAGAGAGUGGGCACCGAUAGUUGGGAAGGCCAAACAGCCUAAAUCUGAUGACAAGUUCUACUCAGAUGAUGAAGACAAGGAAGAGGAAGGAUCUGACAGCAGUGCCAGUGAAAGUGAAGACAGCGGCGGCAGCAGCAGCAGCAGCAGCAGCAGUGAAGCAGAAUCAGGCAGUGAGAGCGAGGAGGAAAGCAGUGAAGAGUCAGAGAAGACCUCCAGUGAUUCUGGAAAGAGCUCCAGUGGGUCUGAAUCAGAUCAAAAAAAGAAGAAGAAAAAGACCAAGAAAGCACUGCAGAAGAAGAGCAAGCCUGCAGCUGCUGACAGUGACUCAGAUGAAAAUGGCAAUGGACCUGUAGGCCAAGCUAGCAGCUCAUCAUCUGAAAGCUCCACAGACUCAGAGUCGGACUCUGAGGAUGACUCCAGAUCAGACUCACCCACACCACAGAAGAAGCCCGACGCGAAGGCGAAGCCCAAGGUAGCAGUGAACUCCAAGAAGGAAGUCUCUUUACUGGAUCUAGAUGACUUUUCUCCUGCACCCACCAACUCACCAAAGCCUUCAGUCUUCUCUCAAAGCCUGCUGUCUGACCUCGAAGGCCUUUCUCUCUCCAACGUCUCCUCCACCAUCCAGGUCACUACUUCAUCUUUUGGCCCUUUGAAAACCUACGAGCUGCUUCACCAUAUGACAGGAAAAGGUCUGUCAGCCAAGUACCAUUUCCCCAGGCAGCCAUGUUUGUACCAGCCCAGUAUGGUUGCAGUGCAGGUCAUACUGACCAACAGCUCAGACCACACCCUGGAGGAGAUCCAUAUAGGAGAGCGGAGCCCUGCGAGCCUGAACAUCCACUGCUUUAACACCAUUGAGCGCUUGGAGCCAGGGGCCUCUGUGACGGUGUCCAUGGGCAUUGAUUUCAGUGACUCGACACAAGCGGCCAACUUCCAGUUGUGCACCAAGGAGGACCAGUUCAGUGUUUCCAUCCAGCCUGCUGUAGGAGAGCUGUUAAUGCCCAGCACCAUGGCAGAACAGGACUUCUGCAAGGAGCAAGGUAAGCUGCAGGGGAUGAAUGAAACUGCUGCAACCAUCACCAUGGCAACAGCUAAUACUUCCAGGCAAGCCAUCAACAAACAGGUCCUGUCUGUAGCCAAUGUAGGAGAAGUGCCAUCCAAUCAAAACAACUUCAGCAGGUUUGCUGGGCGGACCGUCAGCAGCGGCGCCCUGGUCUUGGUGUCUCUAGAGCUGAACGAGUCCUCGAAAGCGCUUCUUACCAUCAACACAGAAAAGAGCGUCAUGGCAUCCAUGCUGCUCCGAGACCUCAAACAAGCCCUCGCCGAGGCGUAGAAUCCUCCCCUCUUCUCAACUUGCUGUAUUAAAAAUAAACGAGGGCAACUAUUAAUUCAAGAUUUCAUACAUUUAUUUCCGCAGCAGCACUUCCAUACGCAGCACCGCUCACAUCGAAUGAAGAGGAAACAACUGAAGAACGCUACUCAGUGUUUAUUUUUAUGGCCUGUGCAUUUGGAAAUACAUGGGAAUAAUUUAUGAAUUUAAUUAAAGUGAAGAUCCUCUUUCAAUUCUUAGACGACCUCACAGAAGUUAGAAUAAAUUAGAAUUUAAGUGACCUUUGCUCUCAUUGUGUUUAAAUAUUUCCAGAAUCUUUCCAGGCAGGAAAAAAAACAAAUGACACAACUCUGAGGUAAAAAUAUGUGACUGCCCAUUUUCCUUGGCAGUAAUUACUCAAAUCUCAUGCUGUUUAUGGUUUGAUGAAGCAUGAUAAUGUACCAACAGCUUUACAUACAUUUGGGGAGAAGGACUGCAUCACUGCUGCACUCACAGUGCCAACACGUUUGCGCCACUGCAAAGUUUUAUUGGACUUCUUUAUUGCCAAGAACACACGAGAAGGACGAGUUCUCUGUGACAUUUUGACCCACAAAUAUGAUGUUGUUAAAUUAUAAAUCUGUAGGGAUAUUUGUGACACCAAACACUGAUUUAGUUUUACAUUCUAGCCUUUAAACGUCCUCAAAUCACACGUGUUUAAAGUGCCUGACGUCAUCUAGAAAACCAAACAUUAGACUCAAAUCAGCAAAGUGUUUUUAUCUGUAUUGUUGCAUCUCAAAAAUAAA